AUGCAUCCUUCGCGCUGCUUCAAAUGCUCACCACAAUGCAGUGCUAGCCCUGAUGGCAGGCUCAUUGCCACUUCGUCGUCGUCGACCAUCGUUGUUCGCUCAACACAGUCGUUGCAGACUGUCCAUGUCGUGAAGCUCCCAGCAGACUUUUCGGGGCCUAUUACGACUCUUGCCUGGGCGCCCUCGUCGUCGCGCAUCCUUGUCGCUAAUACGGACCAGAUCCACGUCUUCUCUGCAAGCGACUCGUCAUUCCACGCUGCGAUUCGAAACCCAGUGGCAGGAAGCGGGAAGUCACCCCUCGUCCACUUUGGAGCCCGCGACGCCGAGAUCUUCAUCUAUGCUGCCUUCGGCCUGAAACUGGUCAUUUUCGACCUGUCUACUUCCAAGGCGGUUGAGAUCAACAACCCCAAAUUCUAUAUCCCCUCCUUCGUCGCCCGCGGCCUCUCCUUGCGCCCCGAGACGCACCACCUUGCACUACUGACGCGAGCUAGCGGGAGAGACGCCGUUAGCAUUCACCAUCCCAUCACCCGGCAGAUCCAAAGAUCCUGGUACCCGGAAACAGUUGACGCCCAGGGUUUGGCAUGGACCCCUGAUGGGAAAUGGCUACUGUUGUGGGAGUCCCCGGCACACGGGCACAAGCUCCUGUUGUACACACCCGAUGGUCAAUUCUUCCGUUCCAUUGGUGCUUCCACAAUCGUGGGAGGGGAGGACGCCGAUCUGGAGCCCGGGAUCAAGAUGUGCCGUCCGAGUCCCGAUUCCGCUUUUUGUGCAGUGGGUGACCACAGCAGGGGAGUGCGUGUGCUUGGCACGCAGACGUGGAGGGAUGGCUUGAGGCUCAUUCACCCUACCACCGUUGUACCGACAGACACACUUCAGGUUUGGCAGGAACAGCUUAGCGCGUCGUCCGAGGGGCGUGCCAAUUACAUGUUCCUUCGUGCCACGCAGAUGGUCUCCCCCCAGAGUCGAUUGGUCGAUGGAAAGCCUUCAGUGGAUAUGAAGCCCGGCUGCUCCUUGCUAGCAUUCGAUGCAUCUUCCGCCCUCUUAGCAACGAGGCUCGACGAUUCGCCGUCCACUUUGUGGAUUUGGGACGUUGCCGCUGCAGAACUCCGAGCGGUACUAAUGUUCCACUCGAGUGUCAACUUUACCUGGCACCCAACGACUCACGAGCUGCUUUUGGUGACAUGCCAAGAUGAAAACUAUCGCGGCGUCUCGUUUCUCUGGGAUCCGUUAUCCAACGGACUUAAGCCCGUCUCUCUGGAAGCGUUCCUGCCAGAUGGCAAGGUUGUGGGGAAACCUCAAUCCGCCUGGCUCGACGGGGAUACUGAGUUUCCGGUAUUUCUCAUAUCUGAUGCACAACAUUACCUAAUGGUGUCGUGUGCGGAUGUAGAGCAAUGCCCGACACCUUGGCGUGAGGCGACAGGAAGUGAGAGAGUUGUCGGUUCGGGGCGAGCGGGCUUUUCUCCUGGGCAGGAGGUCGGAGAUGCAGGCGACAUGUCUGCGUUGAUGGCAGACGACACGUCGACCCUGGACGAUACCUUCUUGUUCAAGCAUCCAUGA